AGAAAAACAAUGUAAGAAUAUGAUUUUAUAUACCUAUAUUCACAAGCUCAAAUGCACUCACAAAAUAUGUUUAAAACCAUCCCAUAAACAUUUUCAAAUAUCCAAAAGGUUUUAAACUCAAACACGAAGGAUUACGGGAAUUUUGGAAAAAUUAGGACAGUGGCACGGUACCCCCAGACGGUAGGGUAUACCGCCACACGGUACCCGUAUACCGUGAGACGGUACCCAGAAUGAGAAAAGCUUCGAACAACCAAAACGAGACCCAGGACAUGGAACAAAAUGUGGAGGCUCAGCAGGACCCGAUUAUGCCUGCGUUCUUGACGCAAGUUCUGCAGCAAAUGGCGAACGCGCCAAUGUUCCAGCCACCGCCUCCCAGGCAAAUCACGUUGAAAACGCUGAAGGACAAUGGUUCUGAAGAGUUCCAUGGGGAUAGGAUCUCUGAUCCCCAGAUUGCACUAGACUGGAUUGAACAGACAGAGAGAGUGUUGAAGAAUCUGAGUGUUCCAGACGCGAGACGUCUUGAACUUUCUUUCCAGCUCCUUCGUAAGGGAGCAUACGAGUGGUGGAAGCGCGCGGAUGAGAAAGCGCCUAAGCCUUGGACAUGGGAGCAUUUUGAUUGGGCAUUCAAGAAGGAGUACAUACCAGCUCGCUUCAGAGAGGAGAAACGCACGGAGUUCAUGGAGCUGAAGCAAGGAGACAUGACUCUCCCCGAGCUUCGACAAAAAUUCGAUCACCUAGCUCAGUUUGCGACUACACUGGUAUCCACGCCGGCAGAUCGUAUUGAAGAAUUUCGCAAGAGGCUGCGUCCCGACAUUCGGCCAUACGUGUCCAUCCUGACUACUACAGAUUUUUCUCAAGCAUACGAUUUGAUGGCCAAAGCUGAGAAAGACGUGGACGACUACAAAGCCAGUCUGAAAGCAGAAGAAGCAGGGCCGAGUACCCGCCCCACCGCGAGUGCCGCACCAAGUGCAAAAAGGCCCGCAGUUGAAGUUAGUAAUUCCUCUCAAGCAAAGAAAGGUAAGACAGUGGUAACCCAAACAGCGCCAGCCCAAUCGGUGGCGUCUAGUGGAAAGUCAAAGACGUCUAGGUUUCCGCCUUGUGCUACCUGUGGAAGGACACAUCCCGGUGAGUGUUGGUUCGAUCUAGGAUUAUGUUUGGGAUGUGGGCAGGCAGGUCACUUUCAAAGGAACUAUCCCACUAACCCAAGCAAUGCCCCAGUGCAAGCACCAACUCGCAGUCAAACAACCGCACCACAACCGACACAAAGUCAACGUACGACUGCAGGAACCAAUCAACAAAGGAACCAAAAUCAGCAACUAGGAAGAGCUCCAGCACGCACCUAUGCGAUGAUAGAUUAUGCAAACCCCCAGGAUAACGACGCUCACGAUGGUACACUUCGAAACUUAUCUUGAUAACGAUUAGUUAAAUGAUAUUUGUUCCCUAUGUGCUUAUCUGUGUGAACUGUAUGUGCACGUGUUUGAGUGGACGCUAGACUAAGGAAUUU